CGUGAAUAAGCAAAAAAGUCAACAAAAGACACUUAGACAAGACUCAGAGAAGUUCUUCCAUAUAAAAUGCAGUGAAUGAGAACUCAGAUAAUCGCUGGUGUAAACGCUUAAAGAUGGAUGUUAACAGAUUGAAGAAGACCGAGGACAUGCUGGAUUUGUCUUGUAAGGGAAUUGAUGUCUUCCCAACAAUUUCACGUUUACGAGUACAGCCCUAUAUGUUUACCCAUCUGUACCUGAGUGGAAAUUGUAUGAAAUUCAUAACAGACGAUGAAAUCAGCUAUUUUCCCAACUUGAUUACACUGGAUCUUUCUUCAAAUCUACUAGAAUGCCUACCUUGUGGACUGUGUAAGCUUACCAAACUAAAAACGUUGCUUGUCAGAAAUAAUGUUCUUUGUGAGUUGCCAAAAUGUAUGAGCUCAUCUCAAUCGUUAGAAAUAUUGAAUAUCAGUGGUAAUAAACUAGAACAGUUUCCUGUCCAAGUUCUACAGUUAUUGCAGUUAAAACAACUUCAUCUAGGAGGAAAUCGUAUUCACAAUAUUCCAAAGGAAAUCACACAGUUGACAAGGUAUAAUUACUUGAUAAUUUGAAGUUUAUUUUGAACAGCAACAAAGUACUGAUAAAUAUGUCAUAAAUUAAAUAAUUAUGUACCCACAUUGUUACAUGAAGAACUGGCUCUCCUUGGCUAUGUCCAUGUGAUGAUUUACCAUAAAUAAUUUCGCUGCAGAGUUGGUCAGAGUUGCCCCCUGGCCUGAUCGUAUUUCUCCAUUUUCGCCCGCCAAAGAUUUAUGCCAGGAAAAUGACAACUUUAGAAAACCCGCCAAAAGCACACAAUUUCUUAAAUGCACACAGUCUGCCAGCCCGCCAAUCUACUGCAUUUUAAUUUUUUUACGCCCAAAACUCCUUUGUGUCACGCCAACUGGCUAUGUUUUCCGCCAAAGAUCUUGAGCUGAUGGGUAUUAGAAUCCAAUCAGGCCCCCUGGUAAGUGCUUGAUAUAAUGCACGAAUCAAAUCGAAAUGAAACCUUAACACCCCCCACCGGGCAUACCCCCGGGAAUUUGGAUUUUGACGUUUUGGUCAGGUCAAAUUCCCUACAUAUAUUUGUAAUUCCCAUUCAAAUACACCACGUAUUGGGAAAAAUUGGAGUUCAAAUGCCCCACCCCAUUAUGUACGAAUUGGAAGCUACAGCAUUUCGUAAUUUUGGAAUUACAAAGCUUUUCUUUCAUUCAAAAACUCUCUUCAAUCAUUCAAAGCCGUUUUCUUUCAGUCAAUCAAGGACAACAUGGCUAGAAAUCUGCGACAACAUGGCCGACACGCACGCUUAGCUCCUUUGUAAUGUAAAUAUUAAGUGAAUAAGUUUAAUAACCAGAAAAGCAUUACGUUAACUUGCCUUUUCGGCUUUUGUUGGUCCUACAAACCAAAUAUGACGAUUCCAUAAAUCGAUCUUGAAUGAUAAUCGUCGUAGCUACGUACUUGUUCACGUUUCAGUUCAAAAUUCGAUGCAGGCUGAUCGUACAUCAAUAUUGGAUUUCCAUAAAUCGUAAUCGAUACACUUUGUUCUCCCCAUGAAUUUUAUCACAAUUUUAUCUAAAGAUAUUAUAUCAAUACUGUUCCCAAGUAGAGGAAAGAAUGGUAUAUUUUGCCUCUAUUUUCCAUUUUUAAAUCGCCUUGUUACUUCGCUAAAAUGCGAUGCAAGCGCAUCGAAAUUUUGCUUUUUUUCAUAUUCUUGUUCGUGAUUCAUAUUCUAUAAAGUUGAGAUAAUAUCAGCUAGUGACAUAAAAUAUUAAAUGUUGGACAUAAUUAUGUCACUGACAUGAUUUACUUAUCAUUCAGCCGUUCCGCACGUUGUAACCAAUAAUUUAUUGGCGUUGUAAUGUCAUUGUAUGCAAUAAAGUAUUGGGUUGUAAUGGGUCUACAAUUAAUCCAAACGUUAAUCCUAAUCCAAACCCUAACCCCACCUCCUAACCCCUAACCCUCCACCUCCUACCCCACACCCUAACCCUAAAGCCGGCCCGCUACCCCUCCGGGGAAAUUAUACAUUUAAAGAGCGUUUCUUUACGUACUUUCCGGCUUUUCAAUAUGUUCAUUAACAUGACGUACUGACGGUGCGUGUGCCUGCAUUACAAACCGCUGACUGUCGCAGAUUUCUAGCCAUGAAGUUAAUUCCUUAAUUUGCACUUGAACUCAUCCAUUGAUGCAGGCAUGGAUUUUCUGGGGGGGUGCACCCCCCAGAAAUUAUUUGCACCCCCCAGAGGCAUUUGGCACUGCCCCCAAAAGUUUUUGCACCCCCGCAAAUUAUAUAUAUAUUGAUUUGAUAGUUUCAUAUAUGAUUAUUCUUACUACUAAAUUUGUAAAAUUACCAAUAUUAUGGUCUCAGAUCUUGCCAUGCAGGCCUAGAAAACAAAUUUUGUUAAACUUUUUCCUUGGCCUUUCCGGGCAUUGCCACCAGGCCCCGGCCAAAGCAAGCAGCAGCACCCCCUCCCCCAGAUAUUUAUCCACCCCCCGAACGAAAAUAUGAAAAUGGAUCCGUCUCUGCAUUGAUGCCAUUCAGCACACAUGUUUAUAAGAAAAAUUCAAAUUCCCGACCCCCUUUACAAAUUCCCCACCUUCCACUAGAAAAAAAGGUCAAAUUCCCACCUGCUUAAAAUACUAAACAAGCAAUUUCCCCAGGUAUGCCCGGGGGGGAUGUCAAGGUUUCGAUUUGAUUCGCGCAUAAGGGACGGUUGACAAAUAGAUUUUGUUCCGCGAUGCCUCUGACCCCUUCCCCAUUGUGGACAAGUCAAAUGUCUUGUUUCACAAAAUAAAUUUGGCUAUUUAGCCAUGCACCAUAUCAAAGAUUGGGUUUCAACAGCAAGGUAUUGUUUCUAGCAUAUUCAUAAUGACUGUAUUAAUUGUUUACAUGAUUGGACAUCGCGUGAAAUAUCGUUCUAAUUUACAACAAUGCAAUCAGCAUCAUCAGCUUUCAGCAACUGAGAUAUGUUUGCCAUUGUUCAGCAGUUCAGUACAAAAAUAAUAUGAAACACAUACCUGAAUAUUAAGAAAUGCAAAAAUAUCCUCCUGAACUCCUGAAGUUUAUUUUGAACACGAACAGCAUGGAGCAACAAUAUUCAGCUGUGAUCAUUAUUUCAGCAGUAAACACUGGCCUUGUAACACCAUUUUUGUUGGGGUUUUUGCACAGAUUGUUGGCGGGUGAUGUAGUAAAACGUUAAAUCUGUUGUCGUCCCAGUGCCGGCAUCAUUCCUUGCACAGUGUAACAUCUCUCUUGCAACUAGUCUCGCAAUGUUUAUACACUGAAUGGCUUAUACACUGAAUGGCUAAACCUGACUGUCAAUUCUGGUGCCAAAAGUUAGCUCCUUGCAGUGCAAUGCUGAAAUCGUUGCGAGACAAGUUUACAUUGCGAGACAAGUUCCGAGACAAGUUGCUUAGUGUAACAGCGUCUUAACUGUCUGAUGUACAUGUCCUUCGAAAGUGUUUUGCACCCCUGCCCCUACUGUAUGUUUCUAGCUUUUGGUCCCUUUUUUUGGUUUAGUCAGAGAAACUGAAUGACAGAUUGAAAUUUGUUUCAUUAAAUUCAAAUUGCAUGCCGUAAAGUACGCCAAUACUGUACUUGCAUACCGGAGGAAUACCAAUCAAGAUUACGGCUUGUUACUUCUAUUUUGUCAGCUAUGUACAGUACUACUUAGGUACAAGAUACUCUUCAUUGUCGGCGUACUUAACUGUUUGCUUGUACCAUUUGAUCUGUCCAAACCCAAUUAGUUAUUGACAAGAACAUAACUAAGUCAUACUAUGUGGAAGUCUAGCAUGACUGGGCAUUAAACAUAUGAUUGGACUGAUAUGAUAACUGAUGAGAUGGGACUAAGGAAUGUUAGAGUCAAUCGUAGUGUUAGUAAUGUACGUGUGUCCAAUUGUGCUCCUUGAUCUAUAACACUACUAGUUUCAUGUUACUGAGUGCGGAAUCCCUUUUAGAAACCUGUACGUCUUGUACUUCACUCUAAACACCAAGUACACCUUAAGUCUUAAGUUUCUCCCAGCUCAAAUACGAGGCAAUAAUCAUUGGAGUAUCAGUCAGGUACCGUACGACUAAAAAUUUUGAAUUAUCGCACCCUGUCAAUAUGCUAUUUAAAAUUAAUUGUAUUGAAGAUUUGAAGGUGAUUUAACUAAAGCAUAGUAAUUUUUAUAUUCAGUUAAUUAAUGAAAACUUUGAUGUUCUCAAUAUUGGAGACAGUAGGAUUGCUGAUUACGGCAGACUGGCUUGAGACUGCCAACGUCAAACAGCAAACUACAAAAUAAUGGUGCUUUGGGUUAACCAUUAGCUGUACAAAGUUAGCCGGUGUGAUUAAUUUUGUGCAUUAAAAUUGAAUUAUGAGUUACCUACUUAGCUUUCGAACUGUUAUAGAACUUACCUUUUACUUGCAAUUUGAGGUUUGCCCUUUGCGGUUGCGGCGCAUGGAGUAAACGUCAAUCUUCAGGUUACCAUUAAUUCUUUAAAGGGGGAAAAUGUGAAACGGAUUGACAUCAUUGAUUAAAGACACAAUUAAGCAGCCGUUUACACUACGCUCGAUUUUUGACUACCUAAAUAGGAAGUCCAAGAACGAAAAAAGUGUGGUACGGGUACCAAUUUUAUCCGUGCCGUACCAAAAAUUGAGCGUAGUAUAAACGGGCUACAGUCAUGUAUAUGAGACUGAGGACUAACAACGUAACAAUAAUUGGCAGAUGCAGAUUAAUUAUAAUAACCAACUACUUGGUAUAAUCGCGGCCUUCAAAUAAUUAUUCGGCCUCAGCAAUGUUUUUUUCAGUGAUUCACUCAGAUAUGUAGCUCUAAGAUCAAUACUAAUUUAUCCAUUGGUUGAAUUACAUUAUUUCGAAAAUAAAUGAGAUGUGAGAAGCCAAAAAAAUUGGCAGAUUUUUACUCAUGUACCUAUAUAUAAACAUGAUAGUCAUUCACUCAAUCAAUAGUGUAUUCAAGCUACUCAUCACAAAAAUAAAUGUAUGUCAAGGACUUUGCAGGAGAAUCCAGAGUUUAGACUUUUUUAUUAGGAUUCUCUUACCUCCAUACACAUAUCAAAUUAAGUUACAUAAAAUUGAAUUCCUGUACAUUAAAUUAAAUUAAAGCGGGUACUUUUGCUUACAAAAAUUUUUUCAUCAAGGAAACAAUGUAUGUUGGACAGUGUAUAAGGUUGACAAGAGACUUAACAACGCGACGCGAUUUUUCGAUUUUCACUGACCGAUAACUGCAUGUGAUCCUGUUUAAAAAUUUUCCAAAUAUUUAGAAGCGCUAUAACAUUUUGAGUUAUUUGGUCUACCGGUACAUAUCUUUCAACAUUUUCUCUGAUUGGCUGUUUUAUUAACUUUCAAAAACUAAAAAAUCGCGUCGUGUUGCCGAAUCGCGCCCGGUGUGUCUGGACCUCGAAUCGACUCCGGUGGACGUUUAGGCAGCAGGGGGCAACCCAGGGUGCAAUAAUUCAAGAUUUUUAGUUGUAGUCUGACUGCAUGGUAUGUACAUGCACGAGUACAAACUCAAUUCUCAAUGUGUAUUUAGUUUUUAAAAUAAAGUACAUGAAUGAAUGAAUGAAUGAAAUGUUUAUUUAAAACAGGGUACUGAGCUCUGUCUGGUGCAGAUUGUACCUGUUAUCAAUACAGGCCCUGACCUAAAUUACAAAGGUUUAAAUAUUAUUUAAAAAUAUGACCUACUAUAGGUAUUAUAACCAUCAAUAAAAUUUGUAGUUAAAAUCUACAUUACUCUGGUCAACAAAGUUAAAAUGUUAUUUAAGAUAUGGUUUUUUUAUAAGUUAUAAGCACCAUUAUAAUAAAAUUAAUUCUUGAUUGAGUCGGUUUUCUUUCAUGUACCGAGGUGAUUAUUUUUAAUAAUCACUUUGAAUAUUAAUUAGCGGAGAAGAUGAAGGUAAACUCAGAAAAUCGUCGUUCAAAGCAGACGAAACAGACAAAACUUUGUUCGAAAACCUCCUCAAUCAAUAAAUAAAUAUGAUAAACACCUCGAAAGUCGGGAAUUAUGUCAGAUAAUGUCCUCGGACGCUGCGCGUCCACUGGUCAUUAUAAAUCCCUCCUUCUCGGUAUUUAUCCUAUACAGAAUGCGCUGCUAUUUAUGUUCUCACCCGUGGUAAGUGUAAUUUACCACUUUGCCUAGUAACCUUGUCAUAUAUCUGGUGAUUAAAUGUAAAAUAGUUCUUAAAAUACUGUGGACAAAUUGUCCCGCCACACAUUUCUUCAUCAGUAUGGUUCCACCUCCUGUCCUCAAACAAUGGCCAUUUAAGCAUCUCCAUCGCGUCAUUAGGCCUACUUCUUCUUUAUUUGGUGAUAAUUCGUGCAGCACGCCGUUGUAAUUUAUCUAAUAAUGUGCUGUUGCAAACUCCGCAGCAACUCCACACCGUGCCACAAUAUUUCAUGAUAGGAAGGACACAAUACUCCAUGAUAGGACGGUUUCUGAAAAAUAUAUUCAGACUAUGAGUUACACUACAAGAAGCACAAUUGCAUGCGUAUAUACAAACAAUCGACUCCAACAUUUCUUUAAGUCCUAUCAAUCCAUGAAAUCAUGUGCCAAGACAUGUCAGAAACAUGCUAUAUCAACUAAAUUGCGGUAUUGCAUACAUUGGACUAGGAAAGUAAGCUACGCAGUUAGCAACUGGCAUACCUUCGGACAAAUACGCAAAUUAUCGCACCCUGCAUGCAACUGCUCCCCCCCCCCCAAAAAAAAAUUCUUUAUGCAUUUGAAUGGCUAAAUAAUUUUAUAAAUUAUUAUAAAUAUAUAAAUUAAAGAAAUUUGCAGGAUUUUUUUCUCUUUUUUUUGGGCGGAGUUAUGAAAUUGUAAAAGAAUGUCUAACCAACUUUAAAAAUUUCCAAUUCAAUUUCAUUUUGGUCGGAUAUUUUUUCCGGAUAAUUUUUGAACGUUAUUAUUGCAGACUCUGCAGCAUUAAUGCCCAUACAGACCGGGCGCGAUUUGGCAACCCGACGCGAAUUUUCAAUUUUCAGUGACAUUUAACUUUAAUGUUUUUCUAUGUUUUUCAAAUAUUCAGAACCACUUAAGCAAUUUUAGACUUUUAGCCAUUUGGUCUGCAUAUCUUGUAAAAUUUUUAUCCGUUUACGGUUUUAUUUAUUUUUAAAAACUGAAACUGAUUCGCGUCGCGUUGUCGAAUCGCGUUCGGUCUGUAUGGGCCUUUAUACAUUGCGAGCAGAGGUUUAUGACAUGCAUUAGGAUUAACAGGGACGCCGGAACGAUAAAAAGGCAAGGGGGGCAAACGCACACCAAAGGGCACCUCUACAGACUCCGGUGAAGAUAUAUAUGAAAGCAAACGCACUUAAUCAUGUCACAUUCAAGAUCACACCUAAUGAUUUUGCCCAAAAAGCAUCACUGGAAAUGUGAUUUAUCAGGUAGUAUUUCAUAACUCAAAGGGCACUUCUGCCCUCCUUGGCACUUCUGCCCUCCUUGCCCCUCCUAGCAAAAGGCAAGAGCGGCAGCUGCCCCCCCCCCCCCCCCAGUUCCGGCGUCCCUGAGGAUUAAUUUCGGAAAAGUACAGUUAUUAUACCAUAUACUAUAAUUAUGAAUAGUUAGUUGCUACGAUUAAAACGCUAUGCUUUUAUCAUUUUCUCUAGUUUGGAAUAUCUCUAUCUUGGUGGAAACAAGUUAACACAAUUACCUGUGGAAAUGGGCAAGUUGACCAAUCUCAAGAGUCUGAAUUUGUGUGAUAACCAAAUUACAUUAUUACCUAAAGAACUUGCUAAACUACACCAACUUGAGUCUUUGAGUUUACAUAACAACAACUUGACUGUGCUGCCAAUUGCAAUAGUAAAACUGAAAAAUCUUCAAGCCAUUAGUGUACGUGGGAAUCCUUUGGUCAUUCGAUUUGUCAGAUCUCAAUCAUCAAGCUUGCCUAGCUUACAGGAACUGGCGGGAAAGACGAUUAAGAACAACCGUAUUCCUUACUCUCGACAAAACCUUCCCGCAUUUCUUGUGAAGUACCUUGACAGUGCCAGAAAGUGUGUUAAUCCUAUGUGCCGUGGUGUGUUCUUUGACUCUUGUGUUCGGCAUAUAAAGUUUGUUGAUUUUUGCGGGAAGUACAGGCUACCAUUUGAACAAUUCUUGUGUUCUCCUCAUGAUAACGAACAAUGGGAAGAUUUAGCAAGUUGUAGCAGUACUAGUAGUGAUGAUGAUGAUUCAAAUGUUGAACCAUCUUGGAUGAAGAAAAUACUGUUGGGUUAAUAGAAUUAUGCAGAAAUAAUUCUGUUGGAUUAACAUAAUGAAUUAUGUACGAACCUAAAAUCCCAUUAUGUCAUGUUAAGAAAAUGUGAUAUAUUGAGCUGGGACUGGUUGUGCGAAGGCUAGAUAGCGCUGUCCACCGGAUAGUGAUUUUUUCAACCAUUGUUAAAAUGCCUGCAAUGCUAUAAAAACCAUGGAUAUGGACAUCAUUUAACAAAAAGAAGCUUUUCAAACCAUUCAUUAUUUGAUGAUUAGAUAAUUGAGUCUAUAGACCAUAAGCUGUUUAUUGCUCUCCCAACUGACAGCUGCACUCAUGCUUUCGGGCGGGUCCCUUUCCCUCCACAGAGCUAUUCGGUGGGUGAAGUGAACGCGAGUCGAAAGACUGGUCUCCAUCCUCCUAAAAUUGGUUAGUGCAUGCAUGGAUUCAGAUAAUAGUCCAGUCAAUCUGUGACCAGAGGUCAAAGAAAUUGCAAUAGAAUUCUUUUCAGUGGUAAAAUGUGAGCUAGGGAAGGUGUCCUGAUUAACAUACUAAAAAUCCAAAAAAAUCCCUUCGGUGGAACAUGGUGAAAAUCGAAUUUUGAAAUUCAAAUUUUGAAAUCAUUUUUAGGCAAAUGUAACCAACAUUAUUGGAAAGUUUAGAAAAAACUAAAAUAUAGAUAUAUUAUUAAACGGUUGGUCAGUUUGUCGUUAUUCUAGCUCAAAGUUGGAAAAAUAGUGCAAAAUUUGCACAAAAUACAAAUUUAUGGCAUUUUAAAUAUUGUAUAACUUCGGCUGGAUAGGCAAAAGCAAGAUAACCGUUUAAUGAUUUAUAUUUUAGUUUUUUCUAAGCUUUCCAAUAAUGUAGGUUACAUUUGCCUAAAAAUGAUUUCAAAAUUUCAACAUUCUGUCCACAAUGGUUUUCUAUAGGUAGAAGUAAGAAAAACUCGAUUUUCACCAUGUUCCACCGAAGGGAUCUUUGGGGAUUUUUAGUAUGUUAAUCAGAACAACUUUUCUCACACUUUACCACUGAAAACAAAUCUAUUGCAAUUACUUUGAUCAGGACCAUGUACUUAUAGUGAUUUGACUGGACUAUAAAUUAAAUCUUACAUGACAAUACAGUAGCUUCGCAUACAAAUUACUAUAACUUUGCAUAAUUUUUAUUUCGUAUACACAAGUAAUUGCUGCCGAGCGCCAGCGAGGCAGCACACUAUUCUCGACGCCAAUCUCGUUCCUCGAGCCUGUGAUCCUCGGGAAGGAACGUGAGGCUCUGGGAUAAUCCGUUUCAGGGUGUAAUCUGAUUGGCCGUUGAAAUGGAAUUCGCAGUUCAGUCUUAGCCAAGAUUCCUGGCUUCCGGCAACGGAUUAUCCCAGAGCCUCACGUUCCUUCCCAAGGAUCGCAGGCUCGGGGAACGAGAUUGUCUCGACGCACGUUGUUUUCGUUACCAGUCCCCGCGCCCCGAGCUUAGUAGUCUUGUAUACUUGAAUCUCGAUAUGUCGAGUUGUACGUAUUUCCGCAUCCAGGUGGGUUACGGAAAUUAAUGAAGUAUCAAUGGGAGGUUGUCUAUCAUCGAUAUGUACGGACAUUGAUAUAAACACAAAAAUAUAAACGAUAUGGUCGUUCAUCAAUCUUCUUUACUGCAUGCGCAGUUUACUAUCAAUAUUGGUAAGAAACAAAAUAGACACGACAUAUUUUGAACAAGACGCCUGCUCAGGCGUGCUGGUGUGUAAUAGUAGAACAGUUUGAAUAACACUUACAGGUAUGAUGUUUGUGAUGUUACUCUGAGUGUGCAUCCACACCGGGCGAGCUGAAAAGUUAAUUGCUUGGCCACGGUGGGAAUCACACCAACACACACAAAUACUUACAUGUAUAUUUAUGCCAGGCUAGAGAUGGGUAAACAAACAACAUAUUCUAGUAAACAAACCGAAGGCUAUAGAGUGUUUGCACGUGACGUCAUAAAAAUUCUAAAAGCUUAAGCGAGUUUGACAUAUAUAGUUGCCCAUUUUAUAUAUUUUGUAUAUCCUUACUGCAAGUAUUCCUGGCAAAUUUCAAGUCGAUACAGUAAUUCAUCCGCAAGUUAAAAGGGUUUGAAUAAUUUAUAUUGCUGACGUCAGCAUUAUUUUGAAAGGCCGUUAAGCUACGCGGCUUUCCAAACCUAAGCUGAAAUAGUUCGGUGGGCUUUCAAAAGCUUUAUAUACUUAACAUCAAACACAAUUGAGGACCUGUGUGAUAAAAUAUAUCUUUCCUUGGGCAUUUACUACACGUCCGCCAUGUUGAUGGUCUGAGAUUGCGUAUUAUAAAAUAACAUGUAUAUAACGCGUGCUCUGAUUGGCCGAAACCCGUGUUUGGAUCAGGCCAUCCAAACACGGAAAUUUAAAGUGCCUUCGCGGGAAUUUUAAACCCUGUUGUUAUUUUAUAAAACAAUUACUUUAUGGUUUCCGUGUUUGGAUGGCCUGAUCCAAACACUUGGGAAUGUUGCUCGAGUUAAGAAAAGCGCGCAAAAUCACUCGCCUUCGGCUCGUGUUUCGCGCGCUUUUCUUAACUCUCGCAACAUUCCCGCGUGUUUGGAUCAGGCCAUCCAAACACGGAAGCCAUAAUAUAAGACCACCAUAUAAUAUAAAAUAAGUAAUUGUAUAAUAUUGGACCACCAACAUGGUGGCCGUGUAGUAAAUGCUCAAGAAAAGUUCUAUUUUAUCAUAGUCUUCAUCCUGGACAAUUCCAGUCUAGAUCUUAUAUUAUAUAUUAUAUAUUAUAUUAUUAUAUUAUAUUAUAUAUUAUAUUAUAUUAUUAUAUUAUUAUUAUAUUAUAUUAUAUUAUCAGGUUCCACGCAGUAUUCCGCCACAAAUGCCGGCAUUUUGCUGUAAAUCCUCAAACUUGCAUUGGACAACAACAGGAGCCACAACGAAAAGAGGAUCCAUUUGCACUCUGCAAGCUAACAUCUUGUUUGACUUUAACACGGAAAAUUACUUGCGCGAAUUUAAUUAAAGCUGUGCGAAUAAGACUCAUCAAGGUGCGCGAAUUUAUUUAAAAGCUGAGUGAAAAUGAGUAAGACGCGAAUUUUAAUACUGAAUGACAAUAUAGUUUAUAUAGUUUGGCAGUAUAAACUAUAGUAUAUAGUUUUGCAGUUCUGACUGAGUACAAUCUUAAUCAUUACAAUGAAUGGUGUCAUGAUCAUCCGAAGCUGACAUAUUAAUUAAACAAAAAUGUCAACAAAUAGAUUUUGUCUAAAUAGGGGUAGUCUUGAAGGCGGGUGCCAGUAAAGUGAUGAUUGGGACAAAAACGUACCAUGCAAGUAUUUCUAUAUAUUAUAUUAUACAAUAUUCAGUGGCAAGUUAGCCACUGAAUAUUGUAUAAACUGGUCAUGCUAUGCUAAUAAACCUGCAUCAUUUGAAUAAUGCAAAUAAUUAAACAUUUGCAUAACAUGACCUGUUGCUAUGGCUAGCUUCGCCACAGACAGUAUUAAAUUAUUCAACAUACAAAAGCAAGAAAUUAUAAGUAUUGAAGGUGUUCAUAUAAAACCACCCAUGCCAAGAAAGUAAAAUAUUUAGCUGAC